CCCCCUUAAUUCCUUCCUCCCAAGGGAUUGAUGGGUAUGGGAAACCAGGGAUAGACGUACGUUCCCUCUUCCAUAAAAAAAAAAAAAAAAUUAAAAGAAAAGAAAAAUAAAUUUCCCUCUCUCUCCUGUUCCCCCUCCAAAAAAUCUUCUAUAAUUCACCACCAGCUCAGAUCGAGAGACCUCUAUAGAUACGAUGGAGCCGGCCAGCGCCAAAGAAGCGGAGAAGAUUAGGGAAGACGAUACCGUCGAAAUCAAGCGCGAGGCGGAGACCGAGGAGGACGAGAGCGCCCUCCAUCUCUCCCUUAAAUCGGUCAUCGACGCCGACUCCAACAGCAGGAACUCGGCAACCCCAAUGCCGAACGCUUCGGGCGGUUCCCAGCUCACCAUCUUUUACAACGGCGCCGUCGGCGUCUACGACGCCGUUCCACCGGAGAAGGCCCAGGCGAUCAUGCUCAUCGCUGCGGCGGCUGCGGCCGCGGCGAAUAACAGCAAUGCUGCUGCCAAGGGGUCGCCGGUGCUCACAAGGUCUCUGUCGCUGCAGAGCUCCUCAGGAGGGGUAUCGCCGCAGAACCAGCUGGUUGCGAAUCCCGGCAAUUCCCUCUGCAAGCUGCAAGCUGAGCUGCCCAUUGCGAGGAGGAAUUCGCUUCAGCGGUUCUUGGAGAAGCGCCGGGACCGGUUGGUGAGCAGAGCUCCUUAUGCUUCUGCGAAAACAUCAUCAGAUGGCAUGGAAGUGUCUGUGGAGGGAAAGCCUCAAAUCUCUUGACCCGUCUGCAUGGCUCUCUAAUCCAACUAUCCCAGGGUUGUCGUAAAUUAAGUCUAUGUUAUUGUAAGAACCUAGACCGGGCCAUAGACCUAAUCCUUUAUUUCUAUAAGUUCCUGUUGUUUCGGACUUUUUGCUGUAACAUGAACUUAAACCCCGUGACAUCUGUGAUGUUCUUGUCUGUACCAUCAGACUAUGAUGUUUCUCUAAUUAUGCAUCAGUUUCUAGACGUUGCUAAAUAUGGAUUCUAGCUAUUUGGUGAAAAUGGAAAAUUAAAGGCUUGUUUGAUGUUG